AAACAAAAAUUAUCUGUCAAUUUAUCUACAAAAGGGUGCCACCUUCUGAAAAAUCUAAUAUAUUUUAUUUAGUAUGGCAACAUCAUGCUAUUAUCUAUUAAUUUGUUUUCUUUUUUCUUGCUAAAACUGUUUCAAUAACAAAUUUUUCUCGAGAAUUUAUAUAAAAAACUACAAAAUAAACAUGAUUGGUACAAAUUUUGGUAUAUUUCGUCCUGCUAAUGCUGGUUCUAGCACAAAUGGCAAUAAUCCAGCUGGAUCUGUAGCAUCCGCAAAUCCAGCUCAAGAGGGUUCUCAAUUAAGUGAUUUUAUGCUGCAAUUGGAGGAUUACGUCCCCACGGUGCCAGAUGCGGUAACAGCUUUUUACCUUAAUUCUGCCGGCUUUGAUUCCAAUGAUCCACGCAUUAUACGUCUUAUAUCGGUGGCCACACAAAAAUUCAUUUCCGAUGUAGCAAAUGAUGCCUUGCAGCAUUGCAAGACGCGCACAAAUAAUCAAAAUGGUAAUGCAAAAAUGGUUAAACCUACAAAAGAUCGCAAAUAUACUAUGACUAUGGAUGAUUUGGCUCCCGCUUUAGCUGACUAUGGUAUUACAGUGAGGAAAGCCCAAUAUUUUCCUUGAUUUAUUAUAUUAAUUUAGGUAUAUAGUUUAUUUCUAAUAAAAUUAUAAUACAUAUAAUUAAUGGUUUCAAUAUCAAUGUUAAA